AUGAGGGCGGGACGUUUGGCUAGCGAGGCUGCUAUAGCAGUGCAACAGGCACCUGCGACGACACAGGAGUCAGCGGGACCCUCUUUGGACGAUACGCUUGAGCAGAUGUUUGCAGACGCCGACUCGGAAGAGAACCCCACGCUCGGAACCACGGCGGCAGUCACGCAUUCCAGACUCGUCGGAACGGGGAUACAGCCGUCAGCUUUGGUGGAAGGUAGUGGAAACCCCAGCAUUCGAGCAGAUCGCAACAUCCAUGCUCAGACUAUGACAGCGACAGGCAGCCGCAACCGUGAGUACCAAGCACGCCGAGUGACAGCUCUACGUCGCGAGCUGCAUCGCAUGCGCAAUGGCAUCGAACGUGUAAUGACUGGUCUUCGUGAUCUUGGAGAGGCAGUGCCUGAUCACCAAGAAGCCACGACGAGGCUGACUGACCUCGGCACAAGACUGGACGCUCUUGAUGGUCGGCCGUCUCAUGAAGACGCUGCGCAGGCUAUCAAUAGCGUCAACGCGCUAGUCAGUGAUUCGAGUGCGUCGCAGACUGAUCGUGCCAUGGUUACUAUGCAGUCUAGUGUCGAUGAAGCAAGACGACAGAUGAAUGAAGCCAGGCAAAAUCGCGACCAAGCCGCUUCGGAGCUCGAUGCUGCAGAAUCAGAGUUUAGAACGUCUCAGCAAAGACUGCAGCAACUUCAGCGCGAACAAAGGACCACUGAGAACUACAUGCGAUUAUUUGGCACCCGCGAGGAGAUGGCAGCGCAAGGAGACCAGUAUGAGAGCCCCAUUGGCGGCAUGUUUACUCGUGCUUACGAGCGCUUCCGAGCUGCCGAGGAGGUCCGGCAAGAAGAGCGUACGCUGCGGCGUGUGAUGGAAGACGAAGCUCGGGUCGGCGGCGAAGCUCACGCCGCACAGCUGGCAGAGCUAGAGAAUCGAGAUCGUGAUGUAUGGGGUGUGCCACAGCAAGCCGCACGCACCAAUGAAGACACAAAUGUCCUCGCGGACGUGGAGCAAGAGCCACGAGGAGAGCUGGAAGAGUACUACGCUCUGCUACGCAGGCAGGACUGGCGACAGCGACCAUCGGACGGCGACAGGGCUCAACCACCCCUUGCAUCAGCCAGGGCUGGGAUCGCCUACCAGAUGGGCCACCGUGUUGGGCUUGAGCAGCGCGUCGAGAAUUUCCCGCGCAGCAUGCUUCGAGAGCCGAGCCUUUCGAUUUCAUCCACGGCCCAGAGCGAAAGCCAUCCGCUGGAUCAUGUACUUGACGCCAGGUUACCGCCAGGAGAUGACUGGCGCCAGGAUGUGCUUUACAUGGUUGCGCAGCUCAUGGCCUCGGAUAUUGACAUGAUGGAGCUCGAUCCAGGACGACCAAACACCACGACCUUGAAUGCUAUACUAGAGGGACUCAUGAAUGAUUCGCAGGUCAGCCAACAAAUGCAAGAGAUCUGCAACAACCUACUACGCACUACCGAUGCUGUCUGGCGGACCGGUCUACCCACCCAGCGACUACAGCGACGGCGUACGCGAGGUCUCUCACCAGCCUUGACCCCUGAUUUGACACACUUUGACGAUUACAUGCUGUAUAUGGACAAUGUCGAGAUCAUGGCUGAGGCAUAUCAGAUGUCAGCCGACGUACGUAGACGCGCCUCCUCGAUGACUCCACCAGAACGUCUGAGUAUGCUUUACCGCUUGCAGGCUGGGACUAGAGAAACGCAAGAUGUGAUGAGACUGCAGAGUAUGCUCGCAGACCACGACACAUUUGCGCUUGCCGACCGGACUCAUCGUGCGAUGAGUGAGGCGGACCCUGGAUUCCUCUCGGAGCACCGAACCCACAUCGAUCAGCAAAGACGUCAUGCUGCUCGGCAAGGCGAUCACUCUCGCCAGGAGCUCAAUACCUCCCGACAAGCUGCUUCGGCACUAGCUGUGGCGGCUGGCCGCACAGCAAUGCAAACCAGUCCCGACACACUACUCGAACGCAUGGCAGCUGCUGAUGAAGAGACUCGUGCCGCCUACGACCGCCUUCGUCAGAACGGCUGGGCACCGAAUGGGCCGACGUCGUCUGCUCGUGCUCUACGCUUGACGAUGUAUCGACCGCUGAAUCUUGCAGACCUUGCAUCACCAUCCGAUACUGACUCGGAAGGAGAAGAAGACGAAGCUCAGGGGCUAGAUGCCAAGGACACUGGACGCCCUGAGCCUAAGACAGAAGAGGAGAUGCAAGAAGGGGAUUAG